AACUUACUGGGCAUUCAGUACACGGUUCUGUGUAAAUAUGGUGUUAAUGACACGAUUCGAGUUUAUCGUUAAAACGUAGAGGGGCUGUCAGCUCUGAAUUUGUGUUCAUUUGCAGCGUAACCCUGGUUUGUUUUGAAAUACGCAAGACAAAUGGCGCGCGAUGCGCAAAGGGAGUUGUAGUUUUGUUAAUAUGUGAAUAUCAUUUGAUUGAAUGGAUGUGAUUUCAGUGGGGAACUACAGCUCCCAUGAGUUUUUUCGCUUCCCUGGCGACAGGCAGUUGGCCAGGUGUGGGUUGGUACAUACACGGGCUGAUACUGUCAUGAUUUGGACUAAAUAUAUAUACUGUGUAAAUGUUGUUUGGCAGGCAUAGCAACGCUGCGUAAAUGUCAUCAGCCAGUUAACCUGCAGUCUGAACUAAGUAAAACCGUGAACUGUACAGUGAAAUAAAAAUACAGUAUAAUUACUACCAGUUACUACUGGAUAAACAGUCUUGCAAAAUGGGUGUUUCGAGUCUCACGUUGGACGAAUAUGGACCUGUGGUUGAUCUGUCAGGCCAGGGAUUGCAGAAGCUGGAGCCAGCGUUUCCCUGCCCUGCUGGAGCCCACACGCUGAUCCUGGACAAGAACCAGAUCAUAAAACUGGAGCAUCUGGAGAAGUGUAAAGAGUUAAUGCAGUUGUCUGUGGCCAACAAUCGGCUUGUGCGGAUGAUGGGAGUAGCCAAACUGACGAACCUCAGGGUACUGAACUUGCCCAAUAACAGCAUUGGGUAUGUCGAAGGGCUAAAGGACCUGGGGCAUCUGGAGUGGCUGAACUUAGCCGGGAACAACAUCAAGGUAAUUGAUCAGAUAAACAGCUGUGUGGCGCUGAAGCACCUGGACUUGUCUGACAACAACAUUUCGCAGAUAGGAGACCUCUCAAAGCUUCCCUCAUUAAAGACUCUCCUGCUUCAUGGAAACAUCAUAACAACCCUGCGCACUGUGCCAAUUCAUCUGCCUACAGGACUGAACAUCCUGUCUUUGGCAGAAAAUGAAAUAUGUGAUCUCAAUGAGGUUUCUUUUCUGACUUCGCUCUCUGAACUGGAACAGCUGUCCAUUAUGAGCAACCCCUGUGUAAUGGCUACGCCCUCCCUUCCUGGGUACGACUAUCGGCCCUACAUAGUCAGCUGGUGCCUCAGUCUCAAGAUCCUGGAUGGCUACAUUGUGUCACAGAAGGAAGGGUUGAAGGCAGAGUGGCUCUAUAGUCAAGGCAAAGGGCGAUUGUACCGUCCUGGGCAGCACAUCCAGCUGGUGCAGUACCUGGCUUCAGUCUGCCCCCUGUCAUCCACCCCUGCCUUGCAGUCUGCAGAGGAUGCCAAACUGGAGAAGAUACUAAACAAACAAAGACUCCAUCAGAAACAGCUGCAGCAGCAGUUUCAGAAAGGAUGUCUCCCCAGCUCAUCCACACCAAACCGACCUGUUCAACUCCCAGUCGAGCACUGCAGUCCAACACACACACCACUGGGGUCCGCUGACAGAGAGCCUAUACCUCAGAUCAACACUUGGUUGGGAAUGAGUCUGUCUACUGAUAACUCCUACGCUGCUGAGCAGUCAACACAAUCCUCUUCAUCCCGCAAUGAGCCCUUAUACCUGGAAGAUGUCCAGACAGACGAGGACAAGCUGAACAGCAGCCUUCUGUCCUCCGAGUCCACAUUCAUGCCUGUGACUUCCGGCAUGUCCCCUCUGUCACCUACCCGCAAGCUGAAGCUUGAAAGGGAGGAGGUGUCAGACAAGGACCUUGAUGGUACAGUCCUGCAAUUCAGAAAUAGUGCAGAGACCGGGGUGAGUGAGGCUAAGGAGCCAGACUGGACAGAGAAGCAGACUGUUGGGAAGGCAGCAAGAGAGGGUCACAGCAGUUGUGACAUUGCAGCCUCUGUGACUGGAAGCAAUCUGCUGGAGGUAGCGCUGCCCUUUGAAGAGAGGUCUGAGCAAACCGUUACUGAGGAAGAGGAAGAGAAAGGUAUCCUUCAUGGUUUGAAUGAAGCGGCCAUCAGAAUUCAGGCAUGCUGGCGAGGCUUUUGGACCAGGCGUUUCAACCCCAGGGUUAAGGAAGUUCGCUCUGAAAUCCGCCUGCGCAGAAUGCAGGACCACAUUGUGUUCCUGUCUGAUGAAUUAAGACAGCUGAGAAAGGAGUAUGAAGAAGAGCGAAUACAGAGGCUUGUGCAAGAAGAGGCUGUAAAAUUCAUGUGGAAACAGCUUCAGUACUUCCAGCAGUGGCAGCAGUCUGUAAACCAGCAGCUUCAAUCUGUUUCCCAGCGGGAGAGUCCUUCAUCCAGCACUUUGGCUCCAUCCAUUCUCUCCUCCUCAAAUCCCUAUGAUCACAAACCAAACAACUCUCUGGCGUUCAGCACUGAAGGACCAGCAUCCCACUGCUGCGAGCAGUCCUUCCCUGACUCUGGCUUCCACUCCUCUGCUGGUGGGGGCGAAUCUGACAAGCUAAGGCAUACCCUGCUUUCUAGCCAGUGCGCUACGGAUGAGACCCUGAGCUCUGGCACUGGGGCAUCUAUAGAGACUGUGCGGCCAUUCACUGAGGCGCAGACUGAGAACAGGGAAGGCACGGAACUGGGCGAGGAGGUAAACAGCAAGGAGAGUUCAAGGAGUGAACAGGACAGCGGCCUGCUUGAGCAGUAUCUAAAUUCUGUCCAGCAGCUGGAGGAGGCAGAGGACCGGGCUGUGGAGAGGACAGAGAGCCCCAGACCCAAUUCUGCAGAGGUGGGAGAGACUCCCCCACGUCCUCCUCUUCCUCCUCAAGAGAUAUUGGCAGUAUUGCAGGCCGACCGGUCUCCCAGUCCAGAGGUACAGGAUAAGAGGGUGGAGCCAGCUUUGUAAGGCCUGCCAGUGGAAGAAGGCAUGUAAGAGUGCUUGCCACAGCCGUAACUUUCAGUGGGUACUGCACAGAUAACUGGGGCCAUUAGAACUAUCUUAUUUCAGUUUGUUGCCCUCACCAAGCACAGAACUAAGGGGAAUGAAUCACCAACAUUUUAAAACUGUUGUCUCAAACUUCAAAACCUAAGGGUUAAACUUUGCAAAAUGUACAUUUCAGACUACACUCGUAUAUGCCUAGAAGUCUGCCCUGUAUAAUAUUAAUAAAAAAAAGAUAUUGUACUUUCUGUUUACAUUGCAUUCCAAUACCCUUCUCGUAGUGUUUUAGGCUAAACUGUCCAUAAAACUCUUUCCUUCAGGAUGGCUCCCACACAGCGUUGCAUACUGGCAAUCACAGACAGUAAUUAUCAUGAAUUGGGGUGCAAUCUUUCUACCCAAGGCACUUGAGGAUGUUAAAGUGUUUGUGAAAAUGUAUAGUCCUUCUUAUGAAUAUCCAUUGCCAGUGCAGCUGUUACAUACCAUUUGAACUAUAGUUAUAUAUAAUUUUUAUUAUGAAUACAUACUAUAUUACAAUUAGCAGAGGCAGUGAUUUUGAUUAAAUUAAUAGUUAUUGUUCCUAUACCUAUGUUUGCAACUGUAUUGAUUUAAAAAGCUAAAUUAAAACACAAACCUGUGCAUGUUUUGUGUUGAUUUUAAAUGAAACUCAUAUAUUCACUGCCUCUCAAUGAGCUAUAUACAAAUUAGUUCCAGAAUAAUUUGGACUCCCCAGUUUGAAGAUACAUUAAAACUAGUAAUGGUCUGUAUCCAGAAGAACCUCCUUCAAUUCAUGCACAUCCAGAAUGCUGGAACUUAGUUUUGCCUGUUUUACUAUUGCAUGGCCAGUGCAUGGCAUUUCCAUAUUAAAUUGUGGCUAAAAAUGAAGUGUAAUUUGCAGAGAAGCAGGUUUGUAUUGUAAAAGAAAAGGACUUUAUGUACUUAGCUGUGUGUGUGCGUGAUGUGAAAAUGAUUGAUAAACUUAAUUAACUGGAGAGCUGGUAUCGAUCUGCUCACUCGUUACUGUAUUAAUGCAGAUAAUAAUCCACCCUCACCUGCUAGAAACCGCUUGUGGAAUAUGGGAACAAUUUCUUUAAUAAAGUUAUCAAUCAUUGCCAGUCAUCAAAAUGAUUGAUAACUCUUCAAAUCUUUCGCUUACCAAAUGGUCCAAUAAGUUUACUGAUUUCUGAGGAUGACUCUAGGUUAAAGACUGUUUUUGUAACUUUUGGUAGAACAUUAGAAAGGAUUCUUUAUAAUCUUAAAGGAAAACUGCUAAUGCAGCAGUGGACCGAUUUCAGAGCUUCGUGCGUCCUGCUUGCUGUAAAUCUUGGUCUAAACAUUCUUGAUAUCGGUGCACAUUAUAGACAUUGAUUCCAGUGUUGUUCAACUGACACGUAACAAACCAGCACCACGGGGCUAUUAACAAUAAUCUGUUCUGGUUUAGUGUAAAAGUUAUACUGCGGUUAAUCAGUCUAGGUUGUAAUUCCUAUGGUCUAGUUUGACCCCGGGAUCACUGUUGCAUGCUUUCGUGGUCUGCUUUUGGACUAAGGUGCUGUUUGAUUUGAUUGAUUGACCAGAGAUUGCCCUACAGAAUGUUUAAUCACGCAAUCAUACUGAGUGUAAACUGCUGAUCAUGUAAGAUUAUCCCUACCAUUUGUAGGCUGUAAUUCUUUAAAUUGUUGAAAUAAAAGUGUUUACUACUGUU